CAUUCCUGUGUUUGUUUUUUUUUUUUUAUUUCACCACAACACCACAAAUGCAUUAAAAUUAAGUGCAAAGUAAGCCGCGCAGUUCGCCAGUUGAGAGUGCGAGCAAUGUGAAUACUCUUGGGUCAGCCAGCAAUAACGAGCUUCAAAAUGACUGACGCCUACUGUUUGUCCAAUUUUAUUGAUUUUUCACAGCAUUUGUCACAGCCGCUGAGGCACAGCAAUCGGAUCAAGUAUACGUGCUUUGAUAUCUCUGACAACUAUAUCAUCUUUGGGGCCACCUCUGGCUCGCUGUACUUCUUCAAUCGUGGCGGCAAGUUUAUGCACCUGAUCCCCAAUAAGCAUGGACCGGUCACACACCUGAGCAUCUCGGCCAACAACAAGUAUGUGGCCUUUUCCACUCAGCGCUCUCUGAUCUGCGUAUAUGCGGUAAAUCUAUCCGCUCAGGCCGCACCUCAAGUGAUUGUCACCCACCUGAGUACCGAUCAAUCGGUGCAGGUGACCUGCAUCCAUUGGACGCCGGAUGAGAAGCAAUUCUACUAUGGCGAUACACGCGGCCAAGUCAAUCUGGUACUCCUCUCGUCCUUCAUUGGACAUAGCCUCCUGUUUAACAUGUCCGUGCAUCCACUUUUGUAUCUGGAUUCGCCCGUUGUUCAGAUCGAUGACUUUGAAUCUCUGCUCCUGGUGUCCAACAACACCAAAUGCAUCCUAUGCAACACCGAAUACGAAGAGUACAAGCAGAUUGGAAACCGUCCACGGGAUGGCGCGUUUGGCGCUUGCUUCUUUAUAUCGCCACACGAGUCAGUGCAGCCGUCGCGCAUUUAUUGCGCACGUCCUGGCACGCGCAUCUGGGAAGUGGACUUCGAGGGCGAGGUAGUGCAGACGCAUCAGUUCAAGAGCGCACUGGCCACCGCACCAGCCCAGAUCCUUAAGCCCAGCGAAGGGGAUGCUUUCAGCGAUGACGACGCGGAUGCACUGGAGGCCAACGAUGAGCUGCUGGACUAUCAGCCGCAGAACCUGCAAUUUGCCAAGCUGCAACGCCUGGGCGAAAACUUUCUGCUGAGCUAUACCGAACUGGGCCUCUACAUCUUCGAUGUGCGCCACUCGUCGGUGGUGCUGUGGUGCAAUAAGUUCGAGCGCAUUGUCGACUGCCGCGUCGCCGGCACCGAUAUCUUUGUUUUCACCCAGACGGGCUCGCUGUAUAGCGUGCAGCUGCAGACACUGCAGGCGUAUGCCCUCUCCCUGAUACAGCAGUCGAAGCUGCCGCAGUGCGCCCGACUGCUGCGCCAGCACGUGAAAUACUUUGCGGACAAGGCGCGCGAGCACUACGAGCUGAAGCAGCUAAAUCAGCUGAAGCAAUUACUGAUCGAGCGCCAGCAGUAUGAGCUGCUCAAUGAUAUAUCCGUGAUCUUUGAUGCCAUUGCCCAGUGCACGGGCAGCGCCAUGGACACGCACAGCUCCGGCGGCAGUUCGGCGACAACAGAGAGAAGUCUCAGCACAGCUGGCGGAGGGUCUGGCGUUAGAAGUGAAGAUAGCGUUGGUGGUGUCGCCAGUCCAGCGCCCCCUAAAGGCGUUUAUGUGCUGGAGAAUGCAUUCUGCGAUAAUCUGAAGCAGCCGCCCAAGUCGGGACAUUUCAAGGAUGCGCUGCUCACGGUUACAGGCAAAUUUGGUAAGAACAUCAUCAAGUACAAGUUCAACAUAUUCGCUGAGGAGCAGCAGCAGCAGCUUGUCCGCGAGCUAAUCCCCGCCAGUGAGCGCUCGCUGCCCUUUAAAGACAUCAAGGCACGCUACGAGACGCAGGAUGAGGAUGAGGAGAUUGUAUGCCGCAGCAGCAGCAACGGACGCAAACGGCAGCCGGCAGCUACGCCACACAUCAGUCCGGAGGAGAAGACCAUUUACAAUCUGUACUUGAUCCACAAGGGCGCCAAAUUCAGUCGCACCCAUUGCGUGGAGCGCUAUCGCGCCGUCUUCGAUGAAUAUGCGGCCAGCGAGCUGAUCCAGCUGCUGGCGAAACUCGGCCAGGUGAUGCUGGAGCAUGGCGACAGUCCAGAGCAGGCGCAGCGUAAUUGCUACGAGAUGUACUUCAACUAUCUCAAUCCGGAGCUCAUCUGGGAAAUGGAUGAUGCCACUCGAGAUUAUAUAGCCGACGGCUUGGCCCUAUUGAAUGCCGGCGUCGAGAUUGUCCGCUGCAGCCAUUGCAACUUCCCUCUGCGCUUCCACAACGCCUGCCAGUACCAUGAGCUGGGCGCGGUGCUGCUACGUUACUUCUGGUCGCGUAACGAGCAGCUGAAGUGCUUCGAUGUGCUGCAGUCGAUGCCGGCGCUGCUCGAUGUCCUGGCCAAGUUCUAUCUGGCCGAGCACAAUUUGGACAAGGUUGUGCCCAUUGUUUUCAACUAUGGUUCCGUGGAGCUGUUACAGGAUGUGGGCAGACAAUUGAAUGGCGCCGCCUGGGCACGUUGCUUUGAGCAGUUUGUGGAACUGCAACGUGGACGCCUGACCUGUGUCAACUGCGAGUGCGUCAGCACUGUGGAAGAGGAACAGCUCUCACGGCAUUUCUUCUACACAUGGAACUGUUUCCUUAACAUCGCUCUAGAUCAUCUGACAGCCAGCGAGACGCUGGCCUUGAUCUUCAAGUGGAGCUCGUAUAUACCCAGCGAUGCGAUCGAUCGUGAGUUCUACAAACGCUGCCUACUUAAGGGCUGAAAGUCAUAUGAAAUAUAUAUAAUACAUAGAUUUAUGAAUAUUA